CUCUCCCCGCCCUCUCUCUGCCCCACGCUGAGCGCGAGCACACAGGCAGCCCCGCCCCGCCUCGGUGGGGUGGACAGAGGCUUCUUAUUGAGCCCCCAGCGCAGGCCGGGAUGUUCGUCCUGGUGGAGAUGGUGGACACCGUCCGGAUCCCCCCUUGGCAGUUUGAGAGGAAGCUCAACGACUCCAUUGCCGAGGAGCUGAACAAGAAGUUGGCCAACAAGGUCGUGUACAACGUGGGACUCUGCAUUUGUCUGUUUGAUAUCACCAAACUGGAGGAUGCCUAUGUGUUCCCUGGGGAUGGCGCAUCACACACCAAAGUCCAUUUUCGCUGCGUGGUGUUUCAUCCAUUCCUAGAUGAGAUUCUCAUUGGGAAGAUCAAAGGCUGCAGCCCAGAAGGAGUGCACGUCUCUCUAGGCUUCUUCGAUGACAUUCUCAUCCCCCCAGAGUCACUGCAGCAGCCAGCCAAGUUCGACGAAGCGGAGCAGGUGUGGGUGUGGGAGUACGAGACGGAGGAAGGAGCGCACGACCUCUACAUGGACACCGGCGAGGAGAUCCGCUUCCGGGUGGUGGACGAGAGCUUUGUUGACACGUCCCCCACAGGGCCCAGCUCAGCAGAUGCCACCACUUCCAGUGAGGAGCUGCCAAAGAAGGAGGCUCCGUACACGCUUGUGGGAUCCAUCAGUGAGCCAGGCCUGGGCCUUCUCUCCUGGUGGACCAGCAACUAGCCCUGGGGCUGGACAGUGGACCCUACCAGCCUGCGGGAAGGUGGUACGGCCGGCUGUGAAGACAACAGCAGCUGAGGCCGAUGCUAAGGAGAUAGUGUCUCGAGCUGGACAGUGAGGCAAGGCCAGGAGUGCCCACCAGCUUGCCCCGCUCCUCCACCAUCUAGGCCCUGCUCCUCCUUCACUGCAGUGAUGGAUCCAUCUGUGGCUGUGGCUGUUGGGCCUCCACUGACCUUGACUGAAAAGACCCUUCCUGGACCCUGGACUUGACAACAAACGGCACAGACACCAAUCACUCACAGAACAGUCACUGGUUUUGGAUUCUUGUUUUCCUUGCAAGAACAAAAGGUUCUCUAGAAUCCUUCAGCCACCAAUGAAAUGAUCAGGCAGGAGAAAAACUUUAGAUGGGAGUCUUGUCAUCAAAAAUAAAUACAGUUGCAUGGA